UCGAGUCAUUGUCUGGGACAGGAAACAUGUGAGCAGAAUAUAAGACGCGUAGCGAGCUUGGCAGCAGCGUGCACACAAUUACUCACAGUCCAGGCAGGACGGGGCUCUUUGACGACACACACACAGGAAUUGGCCCUCACAGGCUGUCACAAGGAAUCAAAUUAGAUGUUCUCCCGCAAAGAACCAGAAAACAAGGCAGGGACUUUCUCAAGACGUUUGUUCAGUCUCAAGGGUCAUUUGUCGUUUCAACCAGAGAAUUAAUAUGUAACAGGCGUUCCUGCGGGCUCGCUACCUCAAUAGGUCAUUCAGUCGCUGAGUAUUGUCUGUUUCACUUCCCUGGCGAGGAUUCUGGUCGGAGGGAGAGCUGCAAUCUGCUGUCUGACACGUUUCCUGUCUACGUUUCGAGCCUGAUUUCUGCUCAAAUGAUGCUGGUUUCCAGUUCCUAUUGGCUUCCAGAGACCGAGUGAAGGAAGCGAGAUGGGCGUGACGCAGGACUUUAAUUUUGACUGAGCGUCUCUGCUGGGAUGCAGAGCUGCAGCGAUGGCCCACAUAAAGGCUGCAGGUGCAACACCACGGAGCCACCAAGACUUUGCAGAACUUUACUCUGACAUGGCUACAGUGAGCUCGAGCGCAGCAGAUAUAGGUGAGCCCGGGAGGAAAGCAGCAACGUCAGAGACCUCCAUGGCCGCCGGCAUCAGCAGGGGGGGCAAAGCCUACCCGUCUCCUGCCAGGAGGCGUCACCGCACCACCUUCAGCCACAAGCAGCUGGAACAGCUGGAGCUGGCUUUUCAGCAGAACCAGUACCCAGAUAUCUACUGCAGGGAGGAGCUGGCGCGCGUCACCAAACUCAACGAGGCUCGCGUACAGGUGUGGUUCCAGAACAGAAGAGCCAAACAGCGCAAACAUGAGCGGGCUUCCCAGAAAGUCUUUCCGGUGGGUGUGAUGACGGGCCACAGGACGCUGAUGGCCGGCAUGCCUCGACAGUACUACCCACAGCCGUUGGCCCACAUCCCGCACCUGUCCUCCAUGCUGCCGCCCGGGCCGUACUCCCGCCACCAAACCCAAGUCAGCCGCUGUCCGUGUCCCGGCAGCCCGCCACAGCCAGCGCCUCAGCGGCAGCACGAUGACUGGUACGGCUCGCUGAGAACCAACCUCCCGUCACCCAUGUUCCCCCUGGGCUCCAUGCAGCCUCUGGAGACGGCCUCCCCCUGGAGCUAGAAAGGGAAGGGGAGAUCUACGGAGCUACAUUGGGGCCAUAAAGAUUGUUAAAAAAGAAAGAUUAUUUUGAAACUUAAAAUAAAAAGUUCUGAAACUUUGCAGCUGAAAGUUUCAAAAUUGGGCGGCAGGGAGGGAUGUCAUAAUGAAUUUUUUUUUUUUUGUUGGUUUAA